AUGACUGAGAUUGGGAAUUAUUUAAUAGGUAGUGGAACCAUAAAUAUUUUGUAAUAGGAAAGACUAUUGGACAAGGCACAUUUAGCAAGGUUUGUUAAGCAAUCAAUCAAGUGAUAGGUCAUGAAACAGCAGUAAAAGUUCUUGAGAAGAAAUAAAUCAAUUAAGAAGGAGAUAUAGAACGAGUAAAAAGAGAGAUUUAAAUAUUGAAGCUACUUCAUCAUCCAUAAAUCGUGAAACUAUAUGAGGUUAAAUAUAGUAUAGAGUAAUCAAUAGGUAAUCGAAACAGAAAACCAUAUCUAUUUAUUUAUGGAGUAUGCAAAUGGUGGAGAACUAUUUGAUUAUAUUGACAGAGUUAAAUAGUAAAAUAAUUCAUUUUUAAUGAGUAGAGUAACAGAAUAUGAGGCAUGCAAAUUCUUUCAUUAGAUUAUUUCAGGAUUAGAGUAUAUGCAUAAUUAAAAAGUCAUUCAUAGAGAUUUGAAACCUGAGAAUUUAUUAUUAACUAGUGAUAGAGAUAUUCUAAUUGCUGAUUUUGGAUUAAGCAACCUUUAAAAAGAUAUGCUUAAGACUUGUUGUGGUAGUCCUUGUUAUGCAGCACCAGAAAUGAUACAAGGAGAACCUUACAAUGGAUAAAUGACAGACAUAUGGAGUUGUGGGAUUAUAUUAUUUGCAAUGAUAUGUGGUUAUUUACCUUUUGAUGAUUUAAAUACAUAGAAUUUGUAUUAAAAGAUCAUUAAUGCCGAAUUUACAUUCCCAAAACAUAUUUCAAUUGAUGCCAAAGAUCUAAUAAAGAAAAUUUUAGUAGUUAAUCCAUAAAAAAGAUAUUCAAUUUAGUAAAUAAAAAGACAUAAAUGGUGGCAAUUAUGGAAAAGAGAUGUCUAAUAUUUCGAUAUCAUUAGAAUCCGUCUAUGUCAGCAUUUAAGGCCAAAUGUAUUACAAUUCCUUGUUAAUUUCUACCAAACAGUCCUUAUAAUGAAGAUAUACCAAAUUUACCUAAAAAUUCACCAAGGAAUGCUAAAUCACCAGUUGCUAAAUCUCCACCUACAAAGUCUCCAAAUACAAAAUCAACUACAUCUAAAUUAUCAAAUUAUACUUAUAAAUAGGUUUAUGAUAAAAUUAAAAUGAGAUAAACACCAUCUAAAUCUUUACAUGAAUCUUCGAAUAAUUGUAAUCCUAAAAAUAAUCAUAAUACAAACACUAAUAAAUAAAAUAUCUUUAUUAAAUAAUAAAAUAAUUAUGCUUUUUAUAAUAAACAUAAAAAAUAACCUUCAGCAUAAUACUCAACUUUAAUGAAAUAAACAUAAUUCUAAAAAGUUGUCUAAAGUAUGCAUGAUAAUAGAAAUUAAAAAAUAUUUUCAAAUACAACAUCUUUUAAAACUCCUACUAAACAUUUUUAUUCUCAUAGUAAAAAUAUAAGUGAUUUGGAAAAAACUAAAUUUUCAACAACAUUAAAAAUUGAUGAAUCCUAAUCUACUUAAAAUAUUCUUUAAAGAUUUACUUCUGGUUUAAAUAGUUUAAGAAACUCUCCAAGAUAACCUAUAAAUAUUCGAGGGAUUGAAUAACACACUGGUCCCUAUCAUUUAUCUUUCAUAACUAAAAAACAUCCUUAAUUAUUUAUUGAUAUAAUCCACAAUUAUUUGAAAUUACAUUUUCCAAUAAUUAUUUAUGAGAAUUACUCUAUCACUUUAAAACUAAAAAAUGAUUCAUUACUUGAAUUAAGAUUGAAAAGAAUCGAAUAGAUAGAUGUAUAUUAUUUGGAUAUUAUCUAAUAAAAUAAUAACUUCGUUGAACUCUAUUAAUUUGUAAAGGAUCUAAAAUCACAUAUUAAAUUUUGA